AGGGCUUUUGGGACCCUGCGGGAGCGCGGCGCGCACUCUGCACUCCCCGGGAAACAGCUGGACGCGACCAAAUCCCCGGUAGGGGCGGGGGGAGCGCGACGCUCCGCCCCGGCGCUCGGGUCCCUCCCUCCGCCCGGCUCUCCGCAGGCGCCCUCCCCUCGCCGGGGGCUGCGAGUUGCAUUUGGUAAAACCCAGCCCCGGAAUAUAUAGAUCAUUGGAGCGCAAUGAAGUAGCCUGUGGAGACGAGGGAGGGGGCCCGUCCGACAACCACAGAGGCCGGCGCAGAGGCAGCGGCAGCGGCAGCGCGGCUGCACCACCAUCACCGCUCGCACCCCAGCCGCCCGGCCCGCGAGGAGGCAGCGGCUGCCGCCGGCGGGAGCGGAGGCGGCGGCGGAGAGGCGAGAAGGAGCAGCAGGAGGAGCACGAGCGCGCAGCCGGCUAGUCCACGCAUCUCCACUUCCAGAGCAACUCCGGCGCCUUCCACACCCUUGCCCAGGGCUCGGGGCUCCGAGAGCAGCCGCGGAGCCAGCCUGAUUCUCCCUGCGAACCCUGCCGAGCCCUGCCCUGCGCCUCCCGGGCUCCGCUCGGCGCGGCGGGGUCCCCGCUCUUGCGCUCCGGGAGCGCCUCCCGGACACCCGGGUCCCCGCAGCCAGGACAAAGCCAUGAAGCCGGCGCUGCUGGAAGUGAUGAGGAUGAACAGAAUUUGCCGGAUGGUGCUGGCCACUUGCUUGGGAUCCUUUAUCCUGGUCAUCUUCUAUUUCCAAAGUAUGUUGCACCCAGUCAUGCGGAGGAACCCCUUCGGCGUGGACAUCUGCUGUCGGAAGGGGUCUCGAAGCCCCCUGCAGGAACUCUACAACCCGACCCAGCUGGACCUCUCCAAUACGGCCGUCCUGCACCAGAUGCGCCGGGACCAGGUCACAGACACGUGCCGGGCCAGCAGCGCCAUGAGCCGCAAGCGGCGGGUGCUGACCCCCAACGACCUCAAGCACCUGGUGGUGGACGAAGACCACGAGCUCAUCUACUGCUACGUGCCCAAGGUGGCGUGCACCAACUGGAAGCGGCUCAUGAUGGUCCUGACCGGGCGCGGGAAGUACAGCGACCCCAUGGAGAUCCCAGCCAAUGAGGCGCACGUGUCGGCCAACCUCAAGACCCUGAACCAGUACAGCAUCCCCGAAAUCAACCACCGCUUGAAAAGCUACAUGAAGUUCCUGUUCGUGCGGGAGCCCUUCGAAAGGCUGGUGUCCGCUUACCGGAACAAGUUCACGCAGAAGUACAACACCUCCUUCCACAAGCGCUACGGCACCAAGAUCAUCAAGCGGCAGCGCAAGAACGCCACGCAGGAGGCCCUGCGCAAGGGCGACGACGUCAAGUUCGAGGAGUUCGUAGCCUAUCUCAUCGACCCGCACACCCAGCGCGAGGAGCCCUUCAACGAACACUGGCAGACCGUCUACUCCCUCUGCCACCCGUGCCACAUCCACUACGACCUCGUGGGCAAGUACGAGACGCUGGAGGAGGAUUCCAAUUACGUCCUGCAGCUGGCGGGCGUGGGCAGCUACCUGAAGUUCCCCACCUACGCCAAGUCCACGAGAACUACUGAUGAGAUGACCACGGAGUUCUUCCAGAACAUCAGCUCCGAGCACCAAACGCAGCUGUACGAAGUCUACAAACUCGAUUUUUUAAUGUUCAAUUACUCAGUGCCAAGCUACCUGAAAUUGGAAUGAAGGGUGGGGGUGGGGAGAGGGGAGAGAAUCCUGCUUUUUAAUUUAAGAUUUUUAUUUGUCAAAAGAAUUAUAUGGAUAUUGGGUUAUUUUGUAAAUUAAUAUUUCUUUGGGGAUGAUGCUGCGAGCAGCAUAGUGAGAAUUAUUUAAAAAUCCUUAGUAGGGAAGGACGGCUGUCUUUGCAGGGGAAUAGGAUGGGUGUCCUUGUUUUUAGACGUGAAUCCCGCAACACUGUCUCAGAGGUUUCUUUGUGUUCUGGUGAAUUCCAUGAAUUGUGCAUCUCGUAAAUUCCGAUCGAUGUUAUUUAUAGUUAUUUAAACAUGGUCUCUGUAUAGAUUUCUUUUUGUGGCAGGAAGAUGCUACUGUCUCUGCGGAAGAAAUCUGUUUCAUUUUGUGCUUGCAACAGCUCAUGUGGGGGCAUGAAUGUUCUUCUCACUAACCGCCCAGAGAGUCGCUGUGAUAACAACCAUUGUGCUGUUGAUACAACCGGUCUGGAAAUUCUGCUAGAAAUAAAUAGAGGCAUCUUUGCAA